UGGUGUGUGUGGGAGGUUCUCUGCUGGUCUUUAAAAUUAGCGAAUACUGCAGCAAGCAUACAGUGUGUGUAUGUGAGUGUAUGUGUGUGCCACGACCCAGAGGAAAGCAGGGAUUAACAUUUAUAAAAACCUCUCUUCCGGCUGCUGACAGAGAUGGCAGCCAUCCGGAAAAAGCUGGUGAUCGUCGGGGAUGGAGCUUGCGGGAAAACCUGUCUUCUCAUCGUUUUUAGUAAAGACCAGUUUCCUGAAGUCUACGUCCCGACAGUGUUUGAGAACUACAUCGCUGACAUCGAGGUUGAUGGAAAACAGGUGGAGUUGGCGCUGUGGGACACUGCAGGCCAAGAGGACUACGACAGGUUGAGGCCUCUCUCCUACCCUGACACAGAUGUCAUCCUCAUGUGCUUUUCCAUCGACAGCCCGGACAGUUUAGAAAAUAUCCCUGAGAAGUGGUCGCCUGAGGUUAAGCACUUCUGUCCCAAUGUCCCUAUCAUCCUUGUGGGGAACAAGAAGGACCUGAGGAAUGAUGAGCACACACGGAGAGAGCUGGCCAAGAUGAAGCAGGAGCCGGUGAAGGGAGAAGAAGGCAAAGACAUGAUCAGCAGGAUCAAUGCUUUUGGCUACUUGGAGUGCUCUGCCAAAACCAAGGACGGGGUGCGGGAAGUUUUUGAGAUGGCCACUAGAGCGGCGCUGCAGGUCCGAAAGCGCACUAAGAGACGUGGCUGCCCACUGCUGUGAGCAGCCCUGACACCAGGAAAUCCGCUGACCAAUAGGAAAUAGAAAAUACCAUUUAAAAAAAUUAACGAAAGGACUGACCUUUUACUAAAUGGCAUCUUAGUACUGUAUCGCAUUACAACUGAUUACAGGAAAUGAACUUUGUCUAUAUAACAGUGAUUAGAAUUGAAUAUUUAAAGUUCCCAGUGCUUGGUUUUUAUUUGAAAAUGUAUCUUUACUCUUAAUUACAUUUUUUCCUACUUUUUAGUUUUGAUGUAACAAGGCAAUGAUAGAUGCACAUAUUGUAAUGCAAUAUUGUUCUUCACAAGCUUUAGCAGCAUCCUUCUUAGCCUGUAUAAAGUCUUCAUGUCUCCACACUUUACUGCUUUUGAACAUAAGAGCUAGUGCCUUUUUUUUUUUUUUUAAGAUUGUACACCACUGUGUUUUUCUCAUGCCUUUAGCUAGCUAACAUUUCAGCUGAGGGUCUCUCCAUUGUACCGUAGCCAGUGUUGUCAUUGUGAAACCUGAGCAAAGCCACAAGUAAGGCAUUCAGUGCUGUCGUCUCAUGGAGCAGCACAAAGGUUUGCUUGUGUCAUUUCUUUUCGCGUUCCCUCAACAUUUGACAUGCUCAUUUAGGGUAUGACUAGCAGUAUCAAAUUAAAAAAGUAAUGACAGAUAAGAUUUGAUACAUUUUUUCUAGUUAUUGCUGAUCUGUGCCGUUGGCCUAGAUGGAGGGGAUGAGAACAGGCCAAUAUGACCCAGUUAUGCACAAUGACUGUCAGGACAAACUGAAAAAAACACACAGCUGAAACAGAGAAAGGCCAAAGACUGGUGUAACAAGGGAUUGUGUGUUUUAAUGCAGGCAACUGAGUUCAACAAUUCGAUUGAGCUCGUCACACCCGCUCUUGGACUGUGUGUUUGUCGGAUCAGCUGAGUGUUGGAAAUAAUGUUUUAGAAGCUGUUAGCCUUCGCGUGUGGAUGUUUCCUGUCCAGGGACAUUCUUUAAAUGUUUGAGAGGAGCGUAGUAAGGUCCGUGUGAGGAAUUUGUUUUUGCCUGGUGCCUUCUCUGUUGUGGUGUGCCUUUGGUUGUUCUCUCCCAGACCGCAUAGACCCGGGGCACCAUGCCAACAAGGUCAAGAGUGAGUCAUGUUUCACACAUCUUAGUCCUUUGAAUGGCUCCACACAGGCUCAACUCAGCAAGGUUAUCAAUGUCAUAGGUUUCCUAAGCUUUCAGUUAUAACUAAAUAAAUAUUAGGAAUUAAUCCAUAUAUGCAGACUAAUCUUUAUUAUAUAGCCUGAUAAGAUAGGUAACACCAAUGUACUGGUGCAUCACAAAUGAAAAAUGAGAUAACCUUUGUCUUCUUUAACAUCACUGGACAAACAUUCAUCUGCAGCUAUAAAUAUUAUCUUUGAUGUUUAAGAGUCGUGUAUUACUGCCAAACAAGUUUGUACAACUGUGGAAACUGGUUUUUAUUCGUCUGUAUAUAUAUCCUGAUUUAUGUUGGUGUUUGAUAUUUUAUGCCUCAAGUCAAAUAAGACAUACAAUAUUGUGAAUAAAAGCAGCCUUUGAAGACACGUCAGACACUUGGUCCUCUCAGAAUAUUCCAUUCAGAUCUUUUUCCUGGAAAUGCAGCAGCUUGAUAUACAAAGCUUGGAAAGCCCAGUGACUUUCCUCAGGCUCAGACCCCUUAUGGCAUUCCUUCUCUCUGCGCUCUACUUUGUACAUUAUUGUGGAAAACAAGCACACCAACAAGGCAAGGUGAAACUGAUUCAGAUACUUAAUUCUCUUAAAGGUUUUUUAAUCAAUUAAAUCAUGGUUUUUUGAGAUAUGUGUUUCAUAGUUGUGGUAUGAUGUUCACCGGUCUCAACAAGCUUAAUGAAGCCAAGGAAUUCCUGGGGAUUAGCUUGGAGGAGACAGUCAAAUAGCCUUCACAGCUGGAAGCACAGCAUACUGAUGCUCUCCUUAGAGCUGCAGAGGGUUCAGUGAUUAACAUAUCACCAGGAGCAUGUAUAAUACUGGCGUUACAGAUAACGUUGCGCUUUUUAUAAGUAGUUGUCCUCAUGAUGUUGAUGCAUGCAUGAGAAAAACAUUGGUCUUUACAGCAAGCACACACACACGGCUUUGGGAACAGCUUCAGCUCAGUGUUGUGCAGCUUUUCCUUUCUUUCUCUGGAAGUAUUUGAAAGGAUAAGGAAUCCGGAUUUAUAUUAAGCGUAUUGUAAGGAUGCUUUGUAAACGGGAAGUGUUGUAGCUGAGGCUAACAUGAACAUUGUUAAUAAACUAUUUUUGAGACGA